UGAAAACACAAUAUGGAGACAUCUGGGGAUGGUGGAGUCAGUUGUAAGGUGAUCAGAUACCCGUGUCCAAAGAGUGACCCCUAAUGCCACUGGAAUUUACCGUCCAGAUGACUUGUGAAAAAUGCGUAAACGCUGUGAAAGUAUCGCUAGAAAACACUCAAGGUGUUCACAACGUCAAUGUCAAUCUAGAGACAGGAGCUGUAUUGGUAGAAACCUCGCUGACGGCACAUGACGUUCAGCAAUUGCUGGAAAGUACUGGGCGUAGAGCUGUUCUAAAGGGAAUGGGCAGUACUGAAAUGAAGAACCUCGGCUCUGCCGUAGCCAUGAUGUCUGGUGGGGAGUGUCCUGUACAGGGCGUUGUGCGAUUUUUGCAAGCAAAUGAGAAGAAAUGUAUUAUCGAUGGGACGCUGGAUGGCCUGAGCCCUGGGCUGCAUGGGAUUCAUGUACAUGACUUUGGGGACAUUUCUGAUGGGUGUGCAAGCUGCGGUAAACAUUAUAAUCCUGAUGGUAAUUCACACGGAGGACCUAGAGAUAGCGAUCGGCAUGUAGGCGAUUUGGGGAAUAUUUUGGCCAAUUCCGAAGGAAGAGCAAGUUUCAGGAUGGAGGAUGAAAGAUUAAAGGUCUGGGAUAUCAUUGGUCGGUCUGUAGUGGUGGACGAAGGCGAAGAUGACUUGGGACGAGGGCUGCACCCGCUAUCCAAAGUGACAGGCAACUCUGGAAAUAGGUUAGCGUGUGGAAUCAUUGCUCGUUCUGCUGGCCUUUUCGAAAACGCAAAACAGAUUUGCUCCUGCGAUGGGGUGACUAUUUGGGAGGAACGAGACUAUCCGAUCGCCGGGCCUGAACGAAAAAAAAUCCAUAGUCCGCCUGCUAAUCUUUAAUAAAUACAUUUCCAAAACUUUUACAGCCACUCGCAUAUCAUAAAUCUGCAUUCUAUCUCCUGUGCUUUAACUAACGUACCAAUGAAAAAAAAGUUUUAAAUUGCUGGAAUAAUUUACAAUUUUGCCUGUAUGUCAGCUUUUUUUUUUUUUCAAAGGUAUAAGAGUAUACCCCAGCGCCAUCUUUUUUUUUUUUUUUUUGUCAUACAGUCGGCAGCAUUUUCAAUUCUUGUAGAAAGUCAAGCCACAUUAGGUGCAACAGAGAUACAGAUCGAAAAAUUAAAACAAUAGUUAAUUAGACCAGAAAUUUGUGGCCUAAAUAUAUGCUUAUUUUAGGCAAUGACAGAAUAGAGGACCUUACUAACACGCAGUUUAUACAUUGGUAUUUGAGACUCGGAGAUAUGCUUUAAAGGGAUAUGAAUUGCUUUUUCCUUCCAUAAGGCAGGGAGAGUCCACAACUUCAUUGCUUACUGUUGGGAACCCAUCCAGACUGUCGCCUAACAGCUCCUGAGCAAUCAGUGUUGAUGAGUUUCACUGCUUGUUGCUACACACUCAAGUCCAUGUGAGAGGCGUCGCUGCAAGACUGUCACACUUGAGAGGCUGUGCCUGUUCCACAGCAUGGAUCUUGGAGGGUAAGACUGUUUUAUAUAUACACUUUUGCUAUACAGGGUCACAGUAUGGCUCCUUUAUGCCUUGAUAGGAUCAAGGGUUAAUAUCUCCUUCAGGGAGAUUAUUUGAACAGCAAGAGGUUAUUUAUAACUGCUUUUAUGUGUGAGUUUUUUAGGCUCAUAGACUGUGUGCUUUUGGCUUGGAACAAACAGGUUUCACUUUCGUUUUGGUGUGUUGCGCAGCUCAUAAUAGCUUGGCGCCUUUUUCAUAGCAGGGUAAGUCCUGUCCUACGCACUAUGUGACCGGGUGCAGUCUUUUUGUUUUUCCUACGAUCUUGCUGCGUACUUUGCUUCAAGCGUUUUCUCUGUUAGCUGUCUGGGUCUAGGAGGUGGUGAGUGCCCCAGGCAUUGGGAUUAUAAAGGUGGCAUUUAUUUUGAGUAAAGUGUUUACUUUUUGUCUGUCCUUCUGUGACUAUAUCCAUAGCUAUGGAGGACUCUGAUACCACAUUAAAAGGUUUCGCUCCUUCUGUACUGAUUAAUAAUUCCUGUUUAUAUUGUGAGGAGGCCGUGGUUUGCCCGCCUGCUCAAUUUUGUUUCAUUUACCUAAGCAAUAUUUUAAAGUCUAAGAAGGGAGACAAGCCUGCUAAUACUCAUAGCGCUGUUAGCCCCUCUGAGAUGUCUACCUCUCAGGAAUCUGGGUCCCGAGAGAUUGCUACCUUUUCUACCCUACCCGCUCCACAUGCAGGUUCCCGCGGCUCAACUAAUCCUCCAUCUGGAGGGGGCUUUUUUCCUGCAGACUUUACCGCGCAGUUACAGUCGGCGGUGUCUGCAGCUCUGAAUGCCUUACCUCGCUCUUACAAACGCAAGCAAAAUGUUAAACAUAGUUCUCCUGACCUAGAGUCAUCUAAAUAUUUGUCGGAUUUAGCUACUAUGUCCCAGCUAUCGGAGGAUGAGUUAACCUAUGUAUCUUCAGAGAGUGAACUUUCUGAGUCAGAGACUUCAAUUUCUAAACCUCCUUCAGCGGAGGAACCCUUCUUUUAGAUUUAGAAUUGAGUAUCUGCAUUUUUUAUUAAAGGAUUAAAAAAGGUUCAAGGUUCUGUCUAUGCUAGAGGUUCCAGAGGCUACACUCCCUGAGGAACCUAAGAUCCCUAAAUUAGACAGGGUUUAUGAAGACAGGAUGGUCCCUCUGACUUUUCCUGUGCUAGUUAAGAUGGUGAACAUUAUUAGUAACGAAUGGGAAUGAAUAGGAACUUCUUUUUCCCCCUCGUCUACUUUUAAAAAAUUAUUCCCGGUCCCUGACUCUCAAUUAGACUUAUGGGGUUACAUCCCUAAGGUGGAUGGCGCUAUUUCUACGCUGGCUAAGCGUACUACCAUGCCUAUGGAUAAUAAAAUGGAAAACUUUCUGAGGAAGAUGUUUCAACAUACAGGGUUUUUAUUUCAACCGGCGGCAGCUGUAGCCACAGUUGCUGGAGCAGCUACCUACUGGUGCGACACUCUGUCGGAGCUCAUUGAGGUGGAGACUCCCCUUGAGGAUAUUCAGGAGAGAAUUAAGGCUCUGAGAAUUGCUAACUCCUUCAUCUGUGAUGCGAAUAUGCAGAUUAUUUGCAUAAAUGCAAAGGCUUCUGGCUUUGCGGUCCUAGCCCACCGGGCUCUCUGGUUGAAGUCUUGGUCUGUGGAUAUGACUUCUAAAUCCAGACUCCUUUCUCUUACUUUCAAGGGGACGAUUUUAUUCGGUCCAGGGCUGGACUCCAUUAUUUCUACGGUUACCGGAGGGAAGGGUGCUUUCCUACUGCAGGACAAGAAAAAUUAGCCUAAGGGACGGCAAUUGUCUAAUUUUCGUUCCUUUCGUCCUGACAAAUCACGACGACAGCAAUCCUCCUCCAAGUCCGAGCAGCCCAAGACUACUUGGAACAGACUAAGAAGCCCGCUGAGAAUAAAUCGGCAUGAAAGGGCGGCCCCCGAUCCGGGAUUGGAUCGAGUAGGGGGCAGACUGUCUUGCUUUUAGACGCUUGGUUCCAGGAUGUACAGGAUCCUUGGGUCCUGGAGGUUGUAUCUCAGGGAUACCGGAUAGGAUUUAAGUAUCAUCCGCCCAGGUGCAGGUUCCUUCUCUCUAGUCUGUCUACAAGACCAGAAAAGAGGGCUGCCUUCUUAGGUUGCGUACGGGAUCUCUCCUCUCUAGGAGUAAUUGUCCUGGUACCUACAGUAGAAAGAGUAUUGGGGUUUAAUUCAAACCUUUUCGUGGUUCCAAAGAAGGAGGGAACUUUUUAUCCAAUUCUGGACCUAAAGUGCCUAAACAAGUUUCUGAGUGUUCCCUCUUUCAAGAUGGAGACAAUACGGUCAAUCCUUCCUCUGGUUCAGGAAGGACAGUUUAUGAUCACAAUACUCCAAGUACAAGGGUGAAUUUCCUGGGGACAAUAAUAAACUCCAGAUCCAUGAGAAUAUUCCUCACAGAUCAGAGACGUUGCAAGCUAACUUCUGCAUGUCUUGCCCUCCAGGCCUCUCGGUGACUCAGUGUAUGGAGGCGAUUGGACUCAUGGUGUCCUGUAUGGACAUCAUUCCUUUUGCUAGAUUCCAUCUCAGACCCUUACAAAUUUGCAUACUGAGACAAUGGAAUGGCGAACAUUCAGAUCUGUCUCAACAGAUCGUGCUGGACAACCUGUGUAGAGACUCGCUCUCUUGGUGGCUCUGUCCAGAUCAUCUGUCUCAAGGCACGUACUUCUUGAGAUCGUCCUGGGAGAUUGUGACCGAGGCGGACGCAAGCCUUUCCAGCUGGGGAGCCGUUUGGGGUGCCAAGAAGGCACAAGGGCUGUGGAUGCCUUGAAGGCUUGGCCCCUUCUGGGUUUGUCCCAGUUUAUCAGAUUCCAAUCAGACAAUAUAACCUUGGUUGCCUACAUCAACCACCAGGGGGAAACGAGAAGUAUCUCAGAUACUAGAGUGGGCGGAGAGACUCGCCCUCUUGGUGGCUCUGUCCAGAUCAUCUGUCUCAAGGCACGUGCUUUUUGAGAUCGUCCUGGGAGAUUGUGACUACGGAACGCAAGCCUUUCCAGCUGGGGAGCCGUUUGGGCUGCCAAGAAGGCACAAGGGCUGUGAACUCAGGAGGAGCCUUCUCUUCCAAUCAAUAUAUUGGAACUCUGGGCAAUCUUCAAUGCCUUGAAGGCUUGGCCCCUUCUGGGUUUGUUCCAGUUUAUCAGAUUCCAAUCAGACAAUAUAACCUUGGUUGCCUACAUCAACCACCAGGGGGAAACGAGAAGUAUCUCAGAUACUAGAGUGGGCGGAGACUUACAGAUGUACACUGUCAGCGAUCCACAUUCCGGGUGUGGACAACUGGGAAGCGGACUUCCUCAGCAGGCAAUCCUUUCACCCAGGGGAAUGGUCUCUCCACCCUGAGGUUUUUGCAGAAAUAUGCGAGUGGGGGACGCCGGAGAUGGACCUCAUGGCAUUCCACCUCAAUACCAAGCUACCCAGGUACGGGUCAAGGGAUCCCCAGGCGGAACUAAUAGAUGCCCUAUCAGUACCAUGGAGGUUAACACUUGUAUAUCUUUUUCCUCCAUUACCGCUUCUCUCUCAUUUGGUGGCUCGCAUCAAGCAGGAGAGAGCAUUAGUCAUUGUGAUUUCUCUGUCGUGGCCGCGAAGGACGUGGUUUGUGGAUCUGGUGGGGAUGUCCUCAUCUUCUCAGUGGAGGUUACCUUGUCGCAGAGAUCUGCUGAUACCGGGUCCCUUUGUUCAUCAAAUUCUAGAUUCUCUGAGGCUGACUGCGUGGAGAUUGAAUGCUUAAGCUUAGCCAAGAGAGGGUUUUCUGAGAGUGUUAUCAACACUCUGGUUCAAGCUCGUAAACCAGUUACUCGUCGUAUCUACCAUAAAGUGUGGAGGACUUGUACUGGUGUGAAGAGCGUGGCUUUCCCUGGCAUAAGGUUAAGGUUACCAGAAUUUUAUAUUUUCUCCAGAAUGGACUGGAGAAGGGUUUAUCUGCUAGUUCCCUGAAGGGACAGAUAUUAGCCCCGUCGGUGUUACUGCACAAGAGAUUGGCUGAGCCUCUGGAUGUGCAGUUCUUUGUUAAGGCUCUGGCUAGGAUCAGACCCAUGUUUAGAUCUGAGGCUCCGCCUUGGAGGCUAAAUCUUGUUCUUAGUGUUUUGCAGCAGGCCCCGUUUGAGCCUAUGCAUACUGUUGACAUUAAAUUGUUUUCUUGGAAAGUUCUUUUUUUGUUGGCUAUUGCCUCUGCGCACAGAGUUUCUGAGAUUUCUGCUUUGCAAUGUGACCCCCCCUUAUCUGGUUUUUCAUGCUGAUAAGGCGGUUUUACGCACUAAACUAGGGUUCCUCCCUAAGAUGGUGUCGAAUUGUAACAUUAAUCAAGAGAUUGUUGUUCCUUCCUUGUGUCCUAAUCCUCCUUCAGCGAAGGAACGUUUGCUUCACAAUCUAGAUGUGGUUCAUGCCUUGAAGUUCUAUCUUCAGGCUACUAAGGAAUUCAGACAAUCUUCCUCUUUGUCAUCUAUACAGGGAAGCGAAAGGGGCAGAAGGCUACUACGACUUCCCUAUCUUUCUGGUUGAGGAGUGUCAUCCGCUUAGCUUAUGAGACAGUGGGACGACAGCCUCUUGAGAUAACGGCUCAUUCCACUAGAGCAGUGGCUUCCUCUUGGGCCUUUAAGAACGAGGCCUCUAUGGAUCAGAUUUGUAAGGCGGCUACCUGGUCCUCCUUACAUACUUUUUCUAAAUUUUACAAGUUUGAUGUUUUUGCUUCGGCUGAAGCAGAUUUCGGGAGAAAAGUUUUGCAGGCUGUGGUGCCCUCAGAAUAGGGUUCGUCUCUUUUUUUCUGUACCCUCCCGUUAUUCAUUCAAUGUCCUCUGGAGUUGGGUAUUAUUUUCCCAACAGUAAGGAAUGAAGUCGUGGACUCUCCCUGCCUUAUGGAAGGAAAAAAAUAAUUUAUGAUUACCAGAUAAAUUCCUUUCCUUCCUGGCAGGGAGAGUCCACGAACCCGCCUGUAAUUUAUGUUUUGAUGAGCGUCUCCCUUUUUAUAUUAUUUCUUCUGGCACCUUUUCUCCUACUUUUCCUUGUUCCCUCAGCAAAAUGACUGGGGGCUAGGGGAAGUGGGAGGGAUAUUUAAACCUCCUCCUGGUGGCCAGGUGUAGUAUUUCCCAACAGUAAGGAAUGAAGUUGUGGACUCUCCCUGCCAGGAAAGAAAGGAAUUUAUCUGGUAAGCAUAAAUUAUGUUUUCCCCCCAUGAUUCAGAUUGAACAUACUAAUUUAUAUAAUGUUCUUAUUUACUUCUAUUAUCAUUUUACUUUGUUCUUUUUGUAUCAUUUGUUGAAAAGCAGGGACGUAAGCUCGGGCACACUAUAUGGUAGCAGUUUUGCAAGAGUAUGAUUUCCUGCCAUAUAGUGCUCCAGAGACCUACCUAGGUAUCUCUUCAACACAGAAUAUCAUGGGAACACAACAAAUUUGAUAAUAGAAGUAAAUUGUAUACUUUGUUGGGGUUUCGUAUCCCUUUAAAGUCAUUUCAGCCAAGUACUUAAAGGGAUGGAAUGGUGAAAACUAAAUCCUGCCUUUCAAUGUGAAAUAUAAACUUCCAUUAGCUAAGUGUUGUUAGUGGUUUUCUGCAGCAUACACACAUAUGCUGAAGGCCGUGCACUAGAGUUUCUCAGAGAGCUGGCUGUGGUGUGUGUUGCUUAUGAAGAAGUCAUUUGUGUCAUACAAACCCCUGCUGACUCUCUGACGAGGUGUAGUGUCUGAAUACUGGUGCACGGCCUUGCAGGAUAUGUGCAUAUACCGCAGGAAAAACGUAAUAACUUUUACUAGAAGUUAUUUUGCUAAUGAAAGUAUAAUGUAAAAAUGUUUAGAUUUCAAAUUGAAAUGCACCUGUGCACAUUUAAUUUUUUACCUUGUUAUCCCUUUAAAGCGACGUAUCCCCACCAUUAAAAAUAAAACAAAAACAAUUAUCAACAAAAAUCUCCUUACAUUUUCCCAAAGGAAUGUGUUCUACUCCUUAGUUAUCUACAGUCUAUAGAGACUUUCUAUAGUUUAUUUUUGAUUGGUCGAUUAAAUCAAACCUAUACGUAGACUUUUUAUUUUUGCAUAAAUUGUGUAUAUACGAACAAGGAAGAAGCAAAGUUUGCCAAAAAUGCACAGUGAAAAAUAUAUUUGUUCUGCUAAAUAACACGUAACCGCUAUACACAUCAAUAGAAUAAAAUAUAAAUAUAUUUCUUUCAUGUAAUUAGCAAGAGUCCAUGAGCUAGUGACAUAUGGGAUAUACAUUCCUACCAGGAGGGGGCAAAGUUUCCCAAACCUCAAAAUGCCUAUAAAUACACCUCUCACCACACCCACAAAUCAGUUUUACAAACUUUGCCUCCUAUGGAGGUGGUGAAGUAAGUUUGUGCUAUAUUUCUACGCUUCUCAGCAUGCUGAAGCCCGGUUCCUCUCAGAGUGCAGUGAAUGACAGAGGGAUGUGAAGGGAGUAUUACCUAUUGAAUACAAUGGUCAUCCUAACGGGGAUCUAUUUCAUAGGUUCUCUGUUAUCGGUCGUAGAGAUUCAUCUCCUACCUCCCUUUUCAGAUCGACGAUAUACUCUUAUAUACCAUUACCUCUACUGAUUCUUGUUUCAGUACUGGUUUGGCUAUCUACUUUAUGUAAAUGAGUGUCUUUUGGUAAGUAUGUUUUCCUUUGUUAAGACACUCUCAGCUAUGGUUUGGCACUUUAAAUGUAAAGUUCUAAAUAUAAUGUUUGUACUUAUAUUUGCCAUGAUUCAGGUUUAUCAGUAUAUUUCCUUUUUGCAGACUGUCAGUUUCAUUUUGGGAAAUGCACAUAUAUUUAAAAAAAAAAAAUAAUAAUAAUUUUCUUACCUGAAAUUUUUCAAAUUGACUUUUUUCUAAAUUGCGGGCUGUUAGGCUCGCGGGUGCGCAAAAUGCUAUAAUUUAUUGCGUCAUUCUUGGUGCGAGACUUUUUUGGCGCUAGAAUUACGUUUGUUGACGUAUUUUCGUCAUUUCCGGCAUCUUAGUUGGAGCCGAGAAUUUUCACGUAGUUGCGUCAUCUAUGACGCUUGUGUUUGUUGCAGACGUUUUUGGCGCCAAAAAAUAUUUUGUCAGUUGUGGGCGUCAUACUUGGCGCCAGACUUUUUGACAUUAUUUAAGUCUUCAUGUAUUUUUGCUUCUGGUUUCCAGAGACUUAUUCUGUUUGCAUUUUUUCCCAUUCCUGAAACUGUCAUAUAAGGAAAUUGAUCAUUUUGCUUUAUAUAUUAUUUUUUCUAUUACAUAUUGCAAGAUGUCUCAAUCUGAUCCUGUUUCAGAAUCCACUAUUGGAAUGCUGCUGCCUGAUGUCGGUUCUACCAAAGCUAAGUGCAUUUGUUGUAAACUUGUGGUAACUGUUCCUCCAGCUGUAGUUUGUGUUAGUUGUCAUGACAAACUUUUACAUGCAGAACAUAUUUCCAUUAGUAAUAAUCCAUUACCUGUUAUUCCUUCAACAUCUAAUGCUCAGGAUAUUCCUGUUAAUGUGAGAGAAUUUGUUUCUAAUUCUAUUCAGAAGGCUCUGUCUGUUAUACCCCCUUCUAAUAAACGUAAAAGGUCUUUUAAAACUUCUCAUAAAAUUGAUGAAUUUUUAAAUCUUCUUUCCAUACUUUUACUAAAUUCUACCAUUUUGAUGUUUUCUCUUCUUCAGAAGCAGUUUUUGGUAGAAAAGUUCUUCAGGCAGCUGUUUGUUUGAUUCUUCAGCUUAUAAUUUGAGUUUUUUUCAUUAUAAAGAUUAAAACUUUUGAUUUGGGUUGUGGAUUCAUUUUUUCAGCGGAAUUGGCUGUCUUUAUUUUAAAGGCUGUGACACACUGCAAGCGGAGCGGCGCGCAGCGUGUACAUGCAGCUGUGCGCACUCAGUGUGUCCUGCCUUUUCAUCUCUGAGCACUCUGCUGCGUCAGGUCGCGUAGCUGAGUGCUCAGAGAUUAAAUAAUUGAACUUUAGAAGCGAUGCGACGCGGUGCGAAGCAGCUGCAUCGCCUCGCGCCGCAUCGCUUGCAGUGUGUCACAGCCUUUAUCCCUCCCUUUCUAGUGACUCUUGCGUGGAGUUCCACAUCUUGGGUAUUGCUAUCCCAUACGUCACUAGCUCAUGGACUCUUGCCAAUUACAUGAAAGAAAACAUAAUUUAUGUAAGAACUUACCUGAUAAAUUCAUUUCUUUCAUAUUGGCAAGAGUCCAUGAGGCCCACCCUUUUUUGUGGUGGUUAUGAUUUUUUUGUAUAAAGCACAAUUAUUCCAAUUCCUUGUUGAUGCUUUCGCUCCUUUCUUAUCACCCCACUUCUUGGCUAUUUGUUAAACUGAAUUGUAGGUGUGGUGAGGGGUGUAUUUAUAGGCAUUUUGAGGUUUGGGAAACUUUGCCCCUCCUGGUAGGAAUGUAUAUCCCAUACGUAACUAGCUCAUGGACUCUUGCCAAUAUGAAAGAAAUGAAUUUAUCAGGUAAAUUGUUACAUAAAUUAUGUUUUGUUCUGCUAAAUAACACGUAACCGCUAUACACAUCAAUAGAAUAAAAUAUAAAUAUAUUUGUUCUGCUAAAUAACACGUAACCGCUAUACACAUCAAUAGAAUAAAAUAUAAAUAUAUUUGUUCUGCUAAAUAACACGUAACCGCUAUACACAUCAAUAGAAUAAAAUAUAAAUAUAUUUGUUCUGCUAAAUAACACGUAACCGCUAUACACAUCAAUAGAAUAAAAUAUAAAUAUAUUUGUUCUGCUAAAUAACACGUAACCGCUAUACACAUCAAUAGAAUAAAAUAUAAAUAUAUUUGUUCUGCUAAAUAACACGUAACCGCUAUACACAUCAAUAGAAUAAAAUAUAUUUCUUUGUAUAAAUCUAAACCAUAAAAUAUAAAUAUGAUCAUUUUUUAUUGAUAUAUUGAUUGAAAGUAUGACUGAAAAAAUAUGCUCUUAAAUAUAAAGUUAUGUGAUUAAGAGUUUGAUGAUUUAAAAAUGAUAUAUAGUGUAUGUAAAUAAUCUGCCAUAAAAUGUGAGUUUCUGUUCUUUAUGAAAUGAUCUAAUAAAUAAACGUAUUUUGCUACAACAAA